AUGAAGGUCAAAACGAAGAUCAGCAAAGCUGCCGAGUUCUUGAGGAAGGCGGUGCGGGCGCUGAGGGGCAGGGCUGGCGUCCUCAGGGCGCGGCUCCUCUUCCUCGCCUCGUUCCGCCACAGGACGGCGAUGGUCGGCACCGUGUCGCGCCACCUCCGCGCCCUCCUGCCGGGCCGCCAGAGAGACCCGGUGCACGACCACCGCAAGGUCCACGCCUCGUCGACGAUGGCGGCGGAGGAGGACGGGCAGGCCGCGAUGCAUGGAGUCGACGUCCCAGGCCUCUCCGAGCUGUUGCAAGAAGUGGUCGGCGACGACGAUGACGGCCACUACGGCUACCCAGACUGGACGCACUCACUGUUCGACGACAACGAUGACGACUGCAGCCUCCAGGAGGGCGACGAUGUCGACGAGGAGGAACGCGGUGGUGGCGCGGAGGCAAUGGAGGAAGAUCGGCUGCCUGACGACGAGCCGUCGGUGAUGGACGUCAUCAGGAGGUGCAGGGAAGGGGACGGAAAGGAGUUCAACAUCAAGGAGGAGAUCGACCACGCCGCUGACAUGUUCAUACGGCGGGUCCGCAGCCGAAUGAACAACCGGAGCUUCUAG